AAAAAAAUUCCGGGAUUAUACAAAUAACGUUAUAUAAAUAUACUCUACGACUUUUCGUUGGACAUGCAGUUCCGGUAUUUAGUUUUCGGAUACACAGUUGCGUAGAAGUUACAAGAACUUGAAGAAGCGUUUCUGAAAUAACUGUCUUAAAAUGCUGGCCUCAAAAUUGUGCCGCAUUCCCAUCACCAGUUUCGUUUCUGGCAUUGGGAGACCUCUGAACAAGCCUCAGUUAUGUAUGAGAACCCGCACCCAGCAGCUGGCUUCAGAUUCACGGUCCGGUGCGACCCGUCGAGCUCAAAGAACAAGAAUUUCAUUGGAGAAGCUGACUACACCAGCAGGUGAAACAGCUUUCACUGUUGGAAAAGGAAUGGUUGCCGGAGGAGCAGCACUAGGCUUGGGGUCUUUGUGUUUCUAUGGAUUGGCCUCCAAAGAAAUAUCAGCCCUAGAUAAAAGAGCAUUCUGGUCUGAUGAGGUCAAACAAAGAAUUCGAUCCACUUACUUUUACUUUGGAGCCAGCGUUGGACUAACUGCUGCUACUGCUGUGGCCAUUGCCAGAACUCCUGCUCUAAUGAAUAUUGCAAUGAAAAGUUCAAUGACAUCCAUGAUUGGAGGCAUUGUAGCACUGAUUGGUACCAGCAUGUUGACACAGUCCAUCCCAUACAAAGAAGGCAUAGGCAGCAAACAGCUUGCCUGGAUGCUACACAGUGCUGUGGUGGGAGGGAUUGUUGCCCCCCUCACCAUGCUGGGAGGUCCCCUCCUUGUUAGAGCUGCCUGGUACACUGCAGGAGUAGUCGGAGGUUUGUCAGCUCUUGCCAUGUGUGCACCUAGUGAGAAAUUCCUAAACAUGGGAGGCCCUCUAGCUAUUGGACUUGGUGUUGUUUUUGUCUCUUCACUUGGAAGCAUGUUCUUGCCGCCCACUACAUCCCUGGGUGCGGGCCUCUACUCCAUCAGUAUCUACGGUGGCCUGGUCCUGUUCAGCAUGUUCCUGCUCUAUGACACACAGAAGGUGAUCAAGAGGGCUGAGAAUCACCCCGUCUACAGCGCCCAGAAGUUUGACCCCAUCAACGCAUGCAUGGGAAUUUACAUGGACACAAUAAACAUCUUCAUCAGAAUUGCUACAAUCCUGGCUAGUGGUGGUGGUGGUAGAAGAAAGUAAACAACACUUGCUGAAGGAAACCCAGCUUCUUAAUUUGCGGACAAGUGAUAACUCUCUACUAGAUUUGGAAGAGAUUGGUUUUUGUGACUGUGUAAUAAGACAGUGAUUUAAACUGCAGAUUCUCAGUCUAUGUAUAUUACUGUAGUAAAUGUUAUGUGCUGUUAUGUUUGAUAAACUUGGUCUCUGUCA